AAGAAAUUUUUUAAUUUAAUCAUUUUAAUGGACCGUUUCCGUGGCAUUAGAAGUUCUUCACUAUUAACAUAAAUAGCUCCUUCUCCUCCAGCUAAUUCCUUCACAAAUUCUCCACAACCUUACGCAACAAGUGCAAAUUUCUUGUGAAAACAGGAACAUGGCGGUUGGAGAGGUGGCUGACGGAGGCGGAGGAGUACGUAGAAGAGGAUGUACGUUUCAAACAAACGACUUCUUCCCGGAGGAGUCGUUUAAGAGUUGGGAAAACUAUGGAAAAUCUGUCAUGGAAACACCUUACCGGUUGAAGGAUCGUUUGUUGAAACGAUCCAGUGAUCAUGCAGAGCUGGUGGAGAUUAAGGCUAGGAGUGGGAAUGAGAUGAAGAAGACGCUGAACUGGUGGGACUUGAUGUGGUUUGGUAUCGGUGCGGUCGUCGGCUCCGGAAUAUUUGUGCUGACCGGACUUGAGGCUAAGCAGCAUGCAGGUCCGGCAGUUGUGUUGUCAUUUGUCAUCUCCGGCAUAUCUGCUUUGUUAUCAGUAUUUUGCUAUACAGAGUUUGCGGUGGAAAUUCCGGUUGCAGGUGGGUCAUUUGCUUACUUGAGAGUAGAAAUGGGAGAUUUUGUUGCCUUCAUAGCUGCCGGAAACAUCCUCCUUGAAUAUGUCAUUGGCAACGCGGCGGUAGCUCGAUCAUGGACCUCCUAUUUUGCCACCCUCUGCAACAAAAACCCUGAUGAUUUUCGUAUAAUAGUUCACAAUAUGAAUCCUGAUUAUGGCCAUCUUGACCCUAUUGCUAUUGGAGCCCUAGUAGCCAUCACAGCUCUUGCAGUUUACAGCACCAAAGGUUCUUCCAUCUUCAACUACAUAGCCACAAUGUUCCACAUGGCUGUCAUUAUCUUCAUAGUAAUCGCCGGUCUAAUCAAAGCCAAACCCGAAAACUUCAAUGACUUCACUCCUUUCGGGUUGCAUGGAAUGGUCAGUUCUUCGGCUGUUCUUUUCUUUGCUUAUAUUGGCUUUGAUGCUGUUUCAACCAUGGCUGAAGAAACUAAAAACCCUGGUAGAGACAUUCCUAUCGGUCUAGUUGGAUCAAUGACGAUUACAACAGCAAUAUAUUGCUUACUAGGAGCAACACUUUGUCUUAUGCAGAAUUACAAAGAACUUGAUACUGAUGCUCCUUUCUCAGUUGCUUUUAGUGCUGUUGGAAUGGAUUGGGCUAAGUACAUUGUUUCAUUAGGUGCUUUGAAAGGAAUGACAACGGUUUUGUUGGUUAGUGCGGUUGGUCAAGCUCGUUACUUAACACACAUUGCACGUACUCACAUGAUGCCACCUUGGUUUGCUCUUGUUGAUGAAAGAACAGGAACACCUAUGAAUGCUACGAUCUCAAUGCUUAUUGCUACUGCUAUCGUUGCUUUCUUCACCAAUCUUAGUAUUCUAUCUAGCCUUUUGUCGAUUUCUACUUUGUUUAUCUUUUCACUUGUGGCAUUGGCACUUCUAGUAAGGAGAUAUUAUUCAAGUGGGGUAACUACAAAAAGGAACCAAGUAAAUCUCAUUGUGUGUAUUUUGUUGAUUAUUGGAUCUUCAAUUGGAAUUUCAGCUUAUUGGGCUAAUAGUAGUGAGCAUAAGUGGAUUGGAUAUACAAUCUUUGUUCCAUUGUGGUUUUUAGGGACAGGUGCUCUUUGGCUUUUUGUUCCAAUGGCAAAGAAGCCUAAGUUAUGGGGAGUUCCUUUGGUUCCUUGGCUACCUUCUUUAUCCAUUGCUAUCAACAUAUUCCUUCUUGGAACUAUUGAUAAAAAAUCGUAUAUAAGGUUUACGAUUUGGACGGGGUUUCUCUUGGUAUACUAUGUGCUAUUGGGGUUACAUGCUUCAUAUGACACUGCAAAAGAAUUUGAUCAGAGUAUACAUAGUCAUGGUUCUGAUCAGAAGGUUGCGAAGCAAUGGAACAAGAUGGAGCAGGGUGCUGUCGAGCAAGAUUCUAGUUUUGCACCUGUUUCCAAUUGAUAAUUUAAUAUGUAUAUGUUUAAGGUAGCAUGCAUAUAUGUGCAUAAAUUAAAAAAUGGUUUCGUUAUUUUUGGUUGUGGUUUUGUGUGGGUUUAUAUUUUGUGAUGCUUAGUUUUACAUACUUUGACAAAAAAAUAAAAUGUUAUAUAGUACACUUGUUUUUAAACACAAUCUUUUGUGAUUCAA